AUGGGCUUUCUAAUCACUAUCACUCUACGAUUACUUCUUAAUGUUCAUCAUUUGAUAUCAAUACGUCUUGAAAAGCCAAUGGUCAUGUACGACGAGCUCGUUGUCACGGUUCUGAAAGUCGCCAAUGAAAAUAUUCCCAAAAUCCUUUUGGAUUUGGCAAAUGCGAUUUGCGUGGACUUUAUCUGUGACGUUUUACGAAAUAUCGCAGAAAUAGAGGAAAACAAUUAUCCUAAUCAUUACAUAUUGAUAUUCUUUCCUCUUUUCAUGUUAAUUAAUUUAUCGGAAGAUCUAAAGGGGAUGAUAUUAAAUUCGAUGAUCGGUAACAUUCUAAUAUUAAACGCUACGAUUAUUGGCCUAGUUUACUCUUAUCAAAGUGAUAACGGCAGCGUCAAUUGGUUAAUAUUGAACAAAGAGCUCUUCUAUUAUCCCAGAUUUUUCGGUAUUGUUUUCUGCGGCUUAUCGUCCCCAGGUUUGAUUUUAGCGAUAGAACACAGUACGCGUAAAAUAUGGAAUUAUAAUGAAUUAUAUGGUAUAUUGAAACAAUGUAUGACGAUUAUCGUUUGUAUCCACAUAAUUGUUGGUAUCGUCGGUUACGUUAAAUGGGGUUCAAACGUAUCGGAAAAUUUUAUUCAUAAUAUACAGAAGGAAGGAGACGGGUAUAUUUUAAUAGCAUUUAUUACACAAGCUUUAGCAAUUUAUUUUACCUAUGGAUUAUUAUCUUACGUUCCUAUCAAUAUAGUUUUAAAACGAUAUAUUAUACCGAUAAUAGAAAUUAAAAUUCAAAAAGGAACACCGCAUCUAUGGGAAUUGAUCACUCGAUUCGUCAUCACUCUUCUCACGUGUAUUUUACCAAAGUUUAUUCCGAGAUUACGCCUACAAAUUGCCUUUAUUGGUCUAACUUGUAACUUUACAUUGACGGUCAUUAUACCACUCAUUUUAUAUACUAUCUUAUACAUCGAAGAAUCCGAGGAAAUCGAGAGAUACAAUAAAAAAGUGCUGACACUUGUCGUUGUUCCUGUAAUGUAA